AGAAAUAAAAUGGUCCAGUUGGAAUGUCGCAUGUAUGAAAACACGUAUCCUGAACCCGAGGAUGUAGUCAUGGUCCAAGUAAAAGAUAUUCAGGAGAUGGGUGCGUAUGUCCAACUUCUCGAGUACAACAAUAUCCACGGAAUGAUCAUGUUAUCUGAACUUUCCCGCCGAAGAAUUCGCUCAGUGAACAAACUUUUACGAGUGGGACGUCAGGAAGUUUGUCUCGUAGUACGUGUGGAUAAAGAAAAGGGUUAUAUUGAUUUGAGCAAACGCAGAGUAACACCCGAAGACCUUCAAAGGAUGGAAGAAAAAUGGAACAAAAGUAGGGCAGUUCAUUCUAUUAUGAGACAUGUUGCAGAAACAGUGGAAGUUGAUUUAGAAGACUUGUAUCAACGUUGGGGUUGGCCUCUAUAUCGACGUUUCGGUCACGCUUAUGAUGGUUUUCGCCAAAUAUUGGUAGAUCCCUCCAUUUCGAACGACUUGGAAAUAACUGAGAAAGAAAAAGAAGAGUUGAUGAAGAAUAUACAACGUAAACUAACACCAACUGUAAUGAGGUUUCGAGCGGAUAUAGAAGUGUAUUGUUUCCGCUUUGAAGGUAUCGAUGCUGUUAAGGAAGCUCUGUUACUUGGUGAAAGUGAAGGAACGGAUGAAAGCCCAGUUAAAGUUAAACUAGUAAAGCCACCUCUUUAUGUCGUAACUACCAAUUGUCUAGAUAAGACGCAAGGUAUCGAUAUUUUGCAAAGAGCAGUGGAAAAGAUAAAGACAAAGAUUCUGGAGAAGAAUGGCAAAUUUACUAUGAAAGAAGAACCACGAGCUAUUAGUGAUAGAGAUGAUAGGCUCUUGUCUCGAUUGAUGGACGAGUUGGAAGAAAGAAAUCGUGAAGUUAGUGGAGAUGAAGAAAGUGAAGAAGAAAUAAUAAUAGAAGAAGAAGUAGAAGAAGAAUAAUAAAACUUGAUCGUAUUAGAUGGGCUUAAACAAAUUCUUUGAUUCCAACGAAAAAUGAAAUGAAGUUAUUUUGGCUUGU